AAGAAAAACUCUUUAACAUAAUUAAAAAAAACACAAAACUACGCUUUUAAAUUAAAAACAACUUAAAAAAAUUUAAUAUAAAUAUUAAAGAAAAACCAACAACAACAACAAAAAAAUUCUUCUUAAACUUGUGCUAAGCGCAAUCAAAGCUUUUUUUAAAAAAAUAAAAAAACUCAAACUAAAUUAAGUCCAGGCGUUUUUCUUAGAGAACCCAAACUCGUAGUACGCUCAACUUUAUUUUGUUGCUUAAUCCAAGUCUGCUGUAAAAAAAAGCCUCAAAAUUACACUCCAACAGCAAAGACAUCAACAACAAACACCAGCCCAACAACUCAAAAUGACCAAUGCCAUGGAUAUUGUUAAGAAUGGCAGUGCCAAUGGUUCGGUCGAUGGCAACUCAGAUGAGUCGCGCACCAAUUUAAUUGUCAACUAUCUGCCGCAAACAAUGACCCAGGAGGAGAUGCGUUCGCUGUUCUCGAGCAUUGGUGAACUGGAGAGUUGCAAGCUGGUGCGCGAUAAAGUCUCAGGUAAAUUGGUUUUGCCAGCCUCUUUGACAGCUUUGAAUCCAGCUUUACAGCAGGGACAAAGUUUGGGCUAUGGUUUCGUUAACUAUGUACGGCCCGAGGAUGCGGAGAAGGCGGUAAAUACCCUAAAUGGUUUGCGUUUACAAAAUAAAGUUAUAAAAGUAUCAUACGCCCGUCCAAGUUCGGAAUCAAUUAAGGGUGCUAAUUUAUAUGUAUCGGGUCUUCCCAAAAAUCUAUCACAACCAGACUUGGAAUCAUUAUUUGCACCAUAUGGCAAAAUAAUAACAUCUCGUAUACUCUGUGAUAAUAUAUCGGGUCUCUCAAAGGGUGUUGGUUUUAUACGUUUUGAUCAACGCAACGAAGCCGAACGUGCAAUACAAGAACUGAAUGGUAAAACUCCUAAAGGUUAUACAGAACCUAUAACUGUUAAAUUUGCCAAUAAUCCAAGCAAUAGUGCUAAAGCCCAAAUCCCACCACCUUUGGCUGCUUAUCUAACACCACAAGCAGCUGCUGCUACACGUCGUCUAGCUGCCGGCGCAUUGCCCUCGGCUGGUCGCAUUAGCAUUGGAAAAAGCCCGAUGUUAGCGAUUAACAAGGGUUUACAAAGAUACUCUCCCUUGGCUGGUGAUUUAUUGGCCAAUUCCAUACUGCCCGGCAAUGCAAUGACUGGUUCGGGCUGGUGUAUAUUCGUCUAUAAUCUGGCACCCGAAACGGAAGAGAAUGUUUUAUGGCAAUUGUUUGGACCAUUUGGUGCCGUCCAAUCGGUUAAGGUUAUACGUGACCUGCAGACUAGCAAAUGCAAAGGUUUCGGUUUCGUUACCAUGACCAACUAUGAUGAAGCGGUUGUGGCUAUACAAUCAUUGAAUGGUUAUACUUUAGGCAAUCGUGUUUUGCAAGUUAGUUUUAAGACCAACAAAACCAAAACAUCUUAAAUUUUUUGUUUAUAGGUUUGGAAAAAGUUUGAAUUACUUGGUUUUUAGUUUGCAAAGAGAAAAAUAUAAAAAAAAAGAAACUUACUAGUCAAAUUUCUUAAUUAAAAAUUUUGUGUUUAAUUUAAUUUCAAUUUUAAAUAAAUUAUAACUAAAUAAAUAUUUAGACAAAGAACUCUGCAAAAUACCAAAAAAAAAAA